AUGUCGACGGCUUCCGGUGCGAUUCCCCAGGAGAAUGGAGCGGCGCCAGUGGCGGGCAACAAUGCCAACGGCCCACAGGUUCGUGUUUUUGGUUUUGAAUGACGACGCCAUUUGACUGCAAUAGAGCGCGAUUGCACUGUUUCGAUGUGUUGCGGAUCCGCGUGCAUCGCGCGAAAAACAUGUUGUUUUUGAUCCGAAGUCAGCCGUACGGAUAAUCGGAUAGAGUACCGCAAAUUCGUACGUAUCCGGUGAAAACACGCGUGUGUUUUGAGCAGUUUUGCUAGAAGAUUGUUAGACGCUGGGCUGUGCGGCGCCUGGACUUUUGCGCUAGUGGCAAUUGGGACCUAAACUUUACAUUUCACCGCAAUCGCAAUCACAAUGCAAUGACCGCGGGGCCGAGUUUGAAAAGUUCGGCCACAAUUUCCGGGAAAAAGAGCUAAAACAUUACGUCGCGGCCGCCGAAAAACUCGGCCAGAUUAGAGGAGCAGAGCGCGGUUCGGAAAAUGCCGUAAGUGUCAUUCGUGGACGUCAGCCCGAAAAGCCGUUAGCGCAGACAGAAUGAAAAAGGUUCUUCACCGCUUAUAAAUGAGUUUUCUCCCCCCCUCCUCUUCUAUUUUUCGCAUUUCCCGACGUCUUUUUCUCCUUCGCCCUUUUUUUUCCGAAUCCAUUUGGCCGUUUCAUCUCUGUGGCACAGCGCGUGUGUGUAUAUUUAUGCGCCGCACGGACGUUGGCCAAAAGCAAUUUGGGACGGCAAGAAAAAGAGAGAAAGAGAGGAAAAGUUUUUCUAUAAUAUUGGCGACAAAAUUGCACCUGUUAGUCGAAUGAAUUAGUCAUCUUUCGCGUGUUUCCGAGAAUUCUGAAAGGAAAUUCCAUCACCUGUUAUUAUCAAUGAUUCAUCGAUGACGUGCGCUUUCAUUGGCAAAAAUGCUCAUUUCCGCACGAUCGCCCGGGUUUGAAACGAGAAAACCAACAGUUAUUCGGUUGUAUCGGUUCGUAGACGUGUCACUUGAUCGCGAACGCAUAAUAAUGUGGGAACUGUCUGGCGGACAGUCAAUCGACGACCAAAGACGCGUUUCUCAUGAUUUGCAUGACGACAAAAUAUUGCUGGCGCGGAGUUUUCUGGAAAAUUUGACGAUUUUUAACGAAAAAUUGGGAAAAAUGGAGAAAAAUCGGGGGAAAAGCAAAAUUAACGUUUUCAGGAAGAAAUCGACAUCAACCUCGACGAUCCGCAAGUCCAGGACGCGGCCAAGAAGAUUCAAAACGUUUUCCGGUAGGAGUUUUCAAGUUUUUGCUGAAAAAUGACCUUUUUCAGCGGAAAACGAUUCGGAGAGAAGAAGACUGCUCCGGCCGCCGAGGCUAAGCAAUAA